UCAGCCCAGCUCGUCUCCGGCAGGAUCCAUCUCUGAAACGGGACGCGCACGAAAAGAAGCUGCAGAUAAACACAACAGGCGACAGAACCAGGAGAAGGAAAAACACACAAGCUGGUGUUUCGCAGUGUGAAGGCGGUGCGUGUUGUACAAAACCACCAACAAACGGCUGUCCUUCAUUAUUUAAACUGCACAGCACAGCGGUGACACUCCGGAGGUCCCACUUGGGUGCUGAGAUGCAUGCGGGGAUGAACAGUAAGAUAAUUUGAUCUUCGCUGGGGAUAUAUCCACAAGAGGAAAGAUGAAGUUUGCGGUUGCGGUGUUGUGGUUCUACGUUGCUCUUGGGAAGGCUACGAUGCAAGCCCAGGAAGAUUUUGUGUCACUUGCUGAGAUGGAGGAUUCUUUGCUAAGGAACCUUUUCAGAGGUUACCAGAAGUGGGUGCGGCCUGUUCAGCACGCCAAUGACACCAUCACUGUACGCUUCGGACUGAAGAUCUCACAGCUGGUUGACGUGGAUGAAAAAAACCAGCUAAUGACUACAAAUGUUUGGCUCUGGCAGGAGUGGGUUGAUGUUAAACUGAAGUGGAACCCUGACGACUAUGGGGGCAUUACCUCUAUCAGAGUGCCUUCAGAGACAAUAUGGCUGCCUGAUAUCGUUCUGUAUGAAAAUGCUGAUGGUCGCUUUGAAGGUUCCCUGAUGACUAAAGCCAUUGUGCGCUGGGAUGGAACCAUAACAUGGACUCCACCUGCCAGCUAUAAGUCCUCCUGCACCAUGGAUGUCACCUUCUUCCCCUUUGACCGACAGAACUGCUCCAUGAAGUUUGGCUCCUGGACUUACGAUGGAAACAUGGUGGACCUUGUCCUGGUGGACCACUAUGUGGAUCGUAAAGACUUCUUUGACAAUGGAGAAUGGGAGAUCCUCAAUGCCACAGGAGUAAAGGGAAGCAGGAGGGAUGGGGUGUACUGGUAUCCAUUUGUCACAUACUCCUUCAUCCUUAAGAGGUUGCCCUUGUUCUAUACCCUGUUCCUCAUCAUCCCAUGCCUCGGCCUGUCCUUUCUUACUGUACUGGUAUUCUAUUUACCAUCAGACGAAGGAGAGAAACUUUCACUUUCCACAUCAGUGCUGGUAUCGCUCACUGUGUUCCUGUUGGUCAUAGAAGAAAUAAUCCCGUCAUCCUCAAAGGUGAUUCCACUAAUUGGAGAGUACCUGCUCUUCAUCAUGAUCUUUGUCACUUUCUCCAUCAUUGUCACCGUCUUUGUGAUUAAUGUCCACCACCGCUCCUCUGCCACCUAUCACCCCAUGGCCCCCUGGGUAAAGAGCCUCUUUCUUCAGAGACUGCCAAGACUGCUUUGCAUGAGGGGACACACCGACAGAUACCACUUCCCAGACAUUGAGAUGCGCAGCCCAGAGCUGAAGCCCCGCCGAGGUGUGGGGAGGAGGGGUGUUCCUGGCCACUGUGGCGGUCAGCAGAGAGGCCCCCUCGGGGGGAAGGAGGAUGAAAAUCAAGCUUGGCUGGCGAUGCUAGAGAAAGCCACAAAUUCAGUUCGCUACAUCAGUCGUCAUAUCAAAAAGGAGCACUUUAUACGAGAGGUUGUACAAGACUGGAAAUUUGUGGCUCAGGUGUUGGACAGGAUUUUCCUGUGGGCCUUCCUCUCAGUGUCAAUACUGGGAACUAUUCUUAUCUUCACCCCUGCUUUGCAGAUGUACCUCAGCACACCUUCAUGAAGGCACGCACUCAAACUCAUGAAUACUCUCCAACAACUCCUUCUUUCCAGUCUGUCUUUAACUAUGAUUUAUUGAUAAAGCUCAAUAAAACAUUCAUAUUGUAUCUUUCUAUUGUAGAGACAAGCUCGGGCAACAAACUUUUACCUCCCUACAACAUGGUUGUAAUGACUACUGGAAACUGUAAUGUUCUAGAUGUAACUCGUCCUUUGCUGUAAAAUGCAUGUACUGGGAUGCAGAGGAGUUAAAGCAAUAAACAGGUUAAGGUAGCUUGUAUGAUUUGAAUAUCUAUGUUUGUAUAAAUGUAAGAGUAAUUAUACAUGCAACAAAAUGCACAAUAACACUCCAGGAAUAAUGAGCUGUUUUCUG